CAGCCUGGCUCACAUACCAGAGCCAGGGGGAUGGAAGGGGCACUGGCAGCUGGGAUGGAGCCCAUCCCAAUUUCUCUGAAGAGCUCCAAUUUGCCAUCCAUUAUUCAUGUUUUUCCGAGGUCUCGCUUCUGAGAGUGCCUUUCCUCCAAGGCAUCCAAAGCCCUGUGUGGAAUCCAUGGGUUAAGCAUGGCACAUGGUGGGAGACUGGGCCCAAGGAAGCCUUGAAAUACAGCCCAGAUUUCUCCUUCAUAUGGAACUGAUUGCUCCUGGCCAGGAUUGUCCCCGUUUUGUCCCCAGCUGAGCUCUCUGUGCCCAUGGUGCCUGCAGGGGGGGCUGAGCAGGGCCAUGCAUCAUCUCUUUGGGCUGGUUUUGGCACAGAAGGACCUGUCCAGGGCAGGGGAUCUCUUCUCCCUGGAGGAUGCUGAGAUUGAAGGAAGCCUCUCUGAAGCUCUUGAACAGAUCAGAAUCAUUAGUUCAGCUGCAGACUACCAGACCAACGACAACGACCAGGCUGUGGUGGAGAUCUGCAUCACCCGCAUCACCACGGCCAUCAGGGAGACUGCAUCCAUCGAGAAGCACGGCAAAGCCCUGGUGGCUCUCUGGGAGUCCUGCCUGGAGCACAACCUGAAGCCCUCUGGCAAAGAUGAGGAUGCCCCACAUGCCAAAAUUGCAUCUGACAUCAUGAGCUGCAUCCUGCAGAAUUACAACCGGCCUCCAGUGAUGGCCUUGGCUGUGCCAGUGGCAGUGAAAUUCCUGCAGAGGGGCAAUAAGGAGCUGUGCAGGAACAUGUCCAGUUACCUGUCCUUGGCUGCCAUUGCCAAGGCAGAGCUGCUGGCUGAGCACACAGAAACCAUCCUCAGGAGUGUCCUCCAAGGGAACUGGAUGCUGCUGCGGGUGCUGCCCGCGCUCCUGGAGCAGCGCCCGCGGCCGAUCCUCGCCCGCCUGCCCGACCUGGUGGCCCCCAUGGCCCAGCUGGACCCUCCCGAGCAGCUCCACCUCCUCAGGCUCCUGCACACCGUGGCCAGGAAGAGACAACUGGGGGUGCUGAAAGAGUGUUUGCCAUUUUUAUUUGGACACCUGAGGGACCCCAACCACAGUGAGGUGAUUCUGAACAUCCUUCUGGAAAUAUCCAGUUAUGAACCUGCAGCCUUGGCCCCUUUCCUUCCCACGCUGAGGGAAAUUGGGGAGACUUUUCCCACUUUGAUUGGGCAGACAGCAAAGAUCUUUGGAGCUGUUGGACAUCUCGAUGAGGAGCGAGCCAGGACGUCCCUGCUGUACCUGGUGAGCCAGCUGGCCAGCAUGGAGCACUCCUUCCACCACCUGCUCCUGCUGGAGAUCAAGAGCCUCACCGACAGCUUCUGCAGCAUCCUGGGCUCCCAGAGCAGGGACAUCUAUCGGAUGAGCAACAGCUUCUCUGCCAUCGCCCGGCUGCUGGCGCGGCAGCUGGAGCGCGACGGGGCGGCCGCAGCCAGGGUGGAAAACAGCCCUGAGGCAGAAUGUCCUGUACCCCUGGAUGAUUUAAAAUCUGUGGUGAAUGGCAGUGAAGAAGAUGAAAAGCUGCAAGUUAAAAUCCAGGCUUUUGAAGAGAAAAUAAACGUGGACAGCAGCACCCCUGGCUCAGUGAGGAGAUACAGCCUGGGCCAGGUUUCUAAAGAAGAAAGGAAGGAUAUGAGGUUUAACAGGUCCAAGAGCCUGGCCCUGCACGCGCUCAGGAUGAAGGGGCUGAGCUCGGAGGGAGGGCAGGACGAGGAGAACGGGGACAUCCCUGCUGGAAUCUCCUUCUCCGAGCUCUACCUCAGCCAGGAGCACGAGAAGGAGCCUUUUGGGCUCCCUCCUGGAGCAGGGAUUUCACACCCCAGUGCUGAUCUCCCCCAGGCAGCCGAUGAGCCAGAGCAGAGCCUGGAAAAGGCCGGGCAGGGCAGGGCAGGGGCAGCCCCAGCAGCUGAGCAGCACCAGGACAAGCUGUACCUGCACCUGAAGGAAAACCUGGGCAAAGUCAAGGAGUUUGUGAUGGAGAUGGGCAGGAGGAUUCCCAUCCCUGAGCAGUGUGUGAUCGAAGACACUCUCCAAAGCUGUGUGGCCAGGCUGUCCUUCAGCUGUCCCCUGAAGGGUCACUACUGCCUGUACAGCAAAUCCAGCUUCACCCUGGUGAGCCAGCAGCCUCCCCUCUGGAUCCACAUCAUGUUCCUGUUCCAGCAGAGCCUGUUGGCAGAACCCUUGUCCAUGCAGAGCAGCUCAGUGCAGGGGCUGAGGGCUCUGUGGGAGCAGAGCCAGCUCAAGGGGAUGCACAGCUUUGAGGCUGCCAUCAUCCAGUCCACCUUCCCCCACCAGAAGGAGCUGGAGAAGGCUCAGAUGCAGCUGGAGGAAGUGAGGUUCUUUGAUUUGUUUGGCUACAGCGAGGAGGCAGGAGCCUGGCAGUGCUUCAUGUGCAACAACCCUGAGAAGGCAACAGGUGUGAACCAGGAGGGGCAGCCCCUGAUGGAGGGCAAGCUGAAGGAGAAGCAGGUGCGCUGGAAGUUCAUCAAGAGGUGGAAAACUCGCUACUUCACCCUGGCUGGCAACCAGCUGCUGUUCCACAGGGGCAAAUCCGACGCCGCCGCCGGGCCGCUGGCGCUGGGCGCGGUGCAGAGCGUGCGGGCCGUGCCCGGGCGGCGGCAGCGCCGGCCCCGCGCCUUCGAGAUCUUCACCGACAGCCGCAGCCUCGUGCUCAAGGCCAGCGACCAGCAGCGCGCCCAGCAGUGGCUGCAGAGCCUCAGCGUGGCCGUGGCGCAGGCACGGGAGCGGCAGAGCCGCGAGGCCACCACCUACCUGUAGCCACCGGGCCACCAGAGCGUGCCUUGUGACACCAGGCAUGGCAACGGGGCCACCAAACUGUGCCUGUGUGACACCAGGCAUGGCAACCGGGCCACCAGAGUGUGCCAUGGCAAUGGAGCCACCACCUUCCUGUAGCCACCGGGCCACCAGAGUGUGCCAGGUAACGGAGCCACCAAACUGUGCCACGGCAAUGGGGCCACCACCUACCUGUAGCCACCGGGCCACCAGACUGUGCCAUGGCAAUGGAGCCACCAAACUGUGCCACGGCAAUGGAGCCACCACCUACCUGUAGCCACCGGGCCACCAGAGCGUGCCAUGGCAACGGAGCCACCAAACUGUGCCACGGGGCCACCAGAGUGUGCCAUGGCAAUGGAGCCACCAAACUGCCACGGCAAUGAGGCCACCACCUACCUGUAGCCACCGGGCCACCAGAGUGUGCCUGUGUGACACCAGGCAUGGCAACGGGGCCACCACCUGCCUGUAGCCACGGGGCCACCAAGGAGCUGCGUGGGACCAGGGGACAGCCACAAGGUCAUGACAGCUCUGGGGCCACCAAACUGUGCCUCUGUGGGACCUGGAUGGUCACAAGGCCACACCAGCCAUGGGCCACCAAACUGCCUGAGUGACACCACGGGAUGGCCACAAGGCCACACCAGUGACAGGGCCACCAAACUGUGCCUGUGUGACACCACGGGAUGGCCACAAGGCCACACCAGCCCUGGGGCCACCAAACUGUGCCUGUGUGACACCUCAAGGCCACACCAGUGACAGGGCCACCAAACUGUGCCUGUGUGACACCUCAAGGCCACCCCAGCCCUGUGGCCUCCAAACUGUGCCCGUGUGACAAUGACACCCCCGGUGCCACCGUGGGAACCCGCCCUGGCACGGGGACACUGCCACAUCCCCUGGGGACAUCCAGGCUUUCCCUCAGCCUGGAACCAGGGAAUGUCACCAGCAGGAGCUCCAGCUCUGUGACACUGCCAGGAGAGCUCCAGCAGUGAGGAUUUCCUGCUCUCCUCAAUCAGCCUGAUGUAAAAAUUAAUUUUCUUUAUUUAAUCCCACUGGACUUUAUCCUUUUAUUGUUUAUAUGUGUCCAUGCUGCUGCUUUCAGGUUUAAAUUGGGAAAUUUUAAAGAUUUUUUAUGGCUGGAAAAUGAUUUUGAAUAUUUAACUGGUUUGAUUUUCCCUCUUUUUUUUUCCUGCUUUUGCUCUGCUUUGUAGCUGAAUGUAAUUUUUAUUUUUUUUUUCAAUUCUUUUCUCCAUUCUGUAGCUCUUCAAAAUUUCUGCAAAUCUGGAAAAUUCCCAGUUUGUUUAUUUUCUUUGUUAUUUUCAAAUGAUUCCAAAGUGCUGUAGAAGAGACUGAAAGAAAAAGAGGGGAGCAAAAAAAGAAUGAGAAGAAAUGAGCUCAGAGAUCAUCCAAGGCUGAGUAGAAAUAAAAUUUGAAAUUUUCCA